AAAUAUUUAAAAGGGCAAUUUUUAUUUGGCUUAAACCCUAAAAACUGAGUUUUUUUUUUUUUGCUUUCUCAGAAUUGGGGUCGAUGAAGAGGUGUGUGCUUUGUUGAUAAAUCUCGAGUGUAGUAGGUGAUCGAAGACCGAAGGGGAGUUUCAAAGGUUUUUGAUCAUGGAGGGAGAAGAGAGUCUGUUGGAUGCUAUCAAUGAAGAAGAUGGAUUUGAAAACGUGGAGGAUGUUGACAUGGUUGAUGUGGAAGAAGGAGAGAUUCUUGUGGAGCAUGAUUUAGAUUCUGGGGAGAGACCAAAUGGUGAUGGGGAAGACAAAGAUAAAGGAGGGCUUUUGGGUAAGAAGGAUGGACAGGAUCAGCCAAACAAGAAGAAGAAGAAAAAGAGAAAAGGCCCUGCGAUUGACAAACCCAUGAGUGUAGACUGGUUUGUUAGGGAUACCUGUAGACGCCUGAAGGAAAAGAAGUCUUACAUGAUAUACACAGCUGUUGGGUGUCUUGGAAUGGCUGCCUUAAGUGAUCUUGUCAAUGAGGUGGAAGCAAUUGAGACCUGUGGAGGUCAAGUGACUGUUGAUGGCAGUAGGAAACGGACAGGUGGUGGUGUAUUGUGGAACAUCAUCAAAGCAAGACAGCCCGCAGCUCACAGAGAGAUAAUGAAAAAGACCAAGGAGUUUGAGAAGCAAUUUAGGCACCCAAACACAAGGCCGAAAAGAGAUCAGGGUAGCUCCUCCGAAGGACUUGCCUCUGCAGAUGAAGCUCUUAUCAAUGAGAUGUGUGAUACGCCGGUAGCUGAGCAGACUGAAUCCAAACCGCAAGUAGAAAGGAAGCCUGUUCAUGAGAGGAUCAGAGUACCUGUUUCAUAUGAUGACCUUUUCUCUCCUUCGGAUGCUUCACAAGCACAACAUUCUUCUGCUUGAGCUCAUUUAUUACCUGUUUGCCUUUACAUUUUUUUUUGACUAGGUAAACAAUAUAUCUAAGCAGCUGGAUUGCUUCUUGUCUUGUGGAAAGCAAUGAUUUUGUUGAGGAAUGCAUUAACCAAUUUAUAUAUACCAAUUUUUUCGUUUUUAA